UACUUCUUACACCCCGAUAGACAUGUUUAUCCGCCAUCAAUGACGGUUUUGCAGAGAAGCCAACUUUUCAACCCAAAUAUAUUCAGAGAUGAGUUCAGAAAUAGAGCCUCAUAUUACCAAAAAGUAUGAAAUCAAAAAGAGACUUGGAAAAGGGGCAUAUGGAAUUGUUUGGAAAGCUAUCGACAGACGCACAGGAGAGGUGGUAGCUGUCAAAAAAAUCUUUGAUGCCUUCAGAAAUCAGACUGAUGCACAGAGGACAUUCCGUGAAAUAAUGUUUCUUCAAGAAUUUGGAGACCAUCCCAAUGUGAUUAAACUACACAAUGUUAUCAAAGCUGAAAAUGACAAAGACAUCUACUUGGUUUUUGAGUUCAUGGAAACAGACCUGCACAAUGUCAUAAAGCGGGGAAACAUUCUGAAGGAUGUACACAAACGUUAUGUUAUGUAUCAACUUUUCAAAGCUAUCAAAUACUUGCACUCAGGAAAUGUGAUCCACAGAGACUUGAAGCCAUCUAACAUACUACUGGACAGUGAAUGUGUGGUAAAAUUGUGUGAUUUUGGGUUAGCACGAUCACUGACACAGAUCGGCAUAGAUGAAGCAGGAGACCCUAACCUGACAGAAUAUGUUGCCACACGAUGGUAUAGAGCACCAGAGAUUUUGUUAGCAUCUCACAGAUACACAAAAGGAGUGGACAUGUGGAGUCUAGGCUGUAUCCUGGGAGAAAUGCUUUUGGGCAAACCCCUCUUUCCAGGCUCCUCCACACUGAAUCAGAUUGAACGCAUCAUGAGUAGCAUACCACCUCCUAGCCGUGCAGAUAUAGAAAGUCUGAGGUCUACAUAUGGCUCAUCUGUUCUUGAUAAGGCAUCAGGAAAAGCCAAAAGAUCACUGGAUGACAUGCUAGCAGAGGCACCAGCAGAUGGACUCGACCUGCUGCGACGGCUGUUACACUUCAACCCUGACAAGCGAAUAACUGCAGAAGAAGCACUUAAGCAUUCCUUUGUCAGUAGAUUUCACAACCCAGUUGAGGAAAUAUCUUUACAUUUUGAUGUGGUUCCUCCCUUAAGUGAUGACAUUCAGCUUACAGUAGAUCAGUACCGCAGCAAGCUAUAUGAGAUGAUUAUGCAGAAGAAGGCAGAACGAAGGCGGAGGAGAAGAGAGGAGGCCAGGGUUGCUGCUGCACAUGCCCAUGCAGAAGAGCAUGAAGAAACUCAAGUGAUGGAACAUGCACCAAAAGAAAAUGCUUCAUCACUGUUAAGUCAAGGGGUUGCUGAGGUACCUGCUAAGAAUUCUGCAGACCAUGUCAGCCAGUACCAGGAAUUUCCUUUAAAGCAGCAUCACCAGUCUUCAUUUGCAGCAUUUGGGCGUACAACUCACGAGGGUCCACCCACUUAUGGGCCAUCUCGACCUCAGAAGCCACCAGUUCGACAGCGAAGCCACGAGAACAUGGAGGCUUCUAUACAGGCUGGUGCUGUGAAUCGGCAGACAUCUGCCCCAGCUGCAAUAAGAGGUCAAGGUCGCCCAAUCUCUGGACUCCAACGAGCUCAGCAUCCCACCAUCUUGCGUGACGAUAAGACAGGACUAAUGGUCUCAAGCUCAAGGAUGGUACCAGGACAGAGACCAAUAUCUGCUGGCAUUCCUCGAGCCAAACCAGUGUAUGGUCGCAAACAGUUCAGCAACGCCAUCAAUAAUCCUUCCACUGGUGCUCCUAAGGCCAUCUUUGGCAGCUACUCCCAAGCAUAUGGCACAAUCACCUCCACAGGCUUGGCAGCCAUUCAAGGCCAGAAGUCCUGACUAGGACAGACUCGUCCACAGUACAUUGGAAUCGGCUCUCAUAUCCAACAGCCAGGUGCUGUGGGCUGUGCACCUCCUGUGGAGUCUGUGUGCUACUUCCACCUGGGCAGUCAGCACUGAUCUUUCAUUGGUGGAAGUCUGCUGUUGCAAUGGUCACUGUACACUAAAGUGACUAUCUUUUUUGUUGACACUGGUUUGUGCACGUUUGCUUUUGAGGCUGUGCAGUGGUAAUUUUGAAGGCUGAAAGGAAGGUGUUUUACAUCAGUGUUUCAGAAACUGGCUAAAUAAUAUAACUAAGAAAAAAAAAGUUAAAAUUAAAAGCAUACCAAAAAAGGAAGCAAAGACACAGAUUUAAGCCUCAAUGAAGACAUAAGUAAAACAGACUAAAAAUUUACUUAUGUUUAAUUAUAAAUAUAGACAGAAGGUUGAUGAUAAAAACUAAUGAGACAGACAGUAAUUUAGAUCAGUCCUUAGUUUUACUCAGCAGAUUUGUUGCUGAUGAUUUAUUCCACCUUGUUCUCCCAUUUGACAAAUCUGACAGUUUUAUUAGGCGCUAACUGUGAUAUCAAUGGGGAAAAAAACUGCCUUUGAUAAUUAUUUAUUUUGCAUCUGGCAUGUGAAGACAUAUUCACUUUUGUGCAUAAUUUUAAAACUGGUCCUUUAAGGCUACAAAUACUUGCACUGACGAUUGGUAUUUGAUGUACUUUUAUUUUCUGAUGGUUUGUCACCAUAAUGAGCUCAUCAAACAAUGACCAGCUAAAUAAGAAAUAAAAGUCAGCAGAAGAAAAUGUGGUUGUGAUAAAAUUUACCUGCUGAUAAAUUUAAGUGUAUAUAUAUAUAUGCAACCGUGUACUCAGAUCGAAAAAAAGAACCACUGAAAUUUCUCUUUCUAUCAUACACACAUACACAAGCGUGCAAAUAUACACGCCAAUAUAGAGACAUACAAAGUAUGUGCAUGAACAUGGGUGCACACAAUCACAGGUUGCAUGCACGUGUGUGUGACAGAAUGCAUAUGCUCAUAAAAACAAUCCAGAGAGAAAAUCAGAGGCUGCAUUUAUGAACUAAUGGCCUAGUUUUGGACACUUUCUUUUAUUUGUUUUCUUAGAAUGAGUAUAUUUACAUUCUUGGAGAUGUAGAAUAUGCCACCAAACCUGCCUGAUUUCAGCAAAAGAAAAUGUCACAAAGUGAACAAGUAUCAAGCUGUGUGGUCAAAUGGUUGGUGGGUAGAACAUUACAAGAUUUGCAUAUUUUUUUAAAAGUGGAUAAAAGGCAGAGGAAUAGUAGUAGAAGUCUACGGUCAUUGACAAAUACUAAUAAGGGUAGAACAAGAACACUGUGAAAUUAACUACCACACCAUACAUAGCAUAUAGAUAUUGUCUUCUAGCAUUGAUAAUUCUAGCAGCCCUAUAUAAAACUGGCAUUUUAGUCCCUAGCAUCUGCCAGAGCGCAUGCUACAUUUUCUUAACAUGAAGAUUGCAAGAGAAAGAAUCUAUAAUUACUUUAAGUGAUGUGUCAGACUGUAUUUAUUUUCAAAAGUUUUGAGAACAGUGCUUUUGUAGUGUGUUCUAGAAUAACAAAACAGUAUUAGUUCUGCAGCAUUUAUAUUUUAAUAUUUCUUUCAGCCACGGAUGAGAAAGGUUUAAAUAAAGAUGUAGUAAAAACAAUUAUGAGUAAAAAAUUGAAGUUUCUUGUAUAUAGUUUUUUCAUUUUCAUUGAAUCACUUCUUCAGCAUAAUCUGGUACAUAGUGUUUUGAAGAAUUUUUCUUUUUAAGACAGAAUUAAAUAACUAAAAUAAAAAAUGGGUUGGGACCAUGUAGCAGUUUCUAAGUAAAAUCAAGUAAAUGCUUUGAGUAUGCAUAAGUGAGUUUGUUGUCUUGUACAUAGUAAAAACACAAAAUCUUGCCAGAUUUAAUUUUGAUAAAUUAUUACGUUUAUACUAGUAAUUAGAAAAACAUCUGUUAAAGCUUUAAAUCUUGUGACAUAAGCAAGUGAGAGUUGGCUGUAGAAUCAUCUUUUUGCUCAAAUUGAUGUAAAAAAAAUAAUAAAAGAAGAAAAGUCUUCAAGUGUUACAGAUCAAAUAAAAUCUCAAACCAGUAUUCCUUGUCUGAAGCUUAAAGUAAGCAGCUUCUCCUGAUAUCUGAAUCAUGCUCCUCUGCAUUUGUAUAGAUCUUAGGUUAAGACUUUUAGACUGGUAUUCAUGAAACAUGUUUACCUAACCCAUUUCCCUACCCAAGCUGAAAAAUUUGCUAACCACAGACAACAGCUAAAACCCAUGCAGUAUUCAUAGACUCAGGCUAGGCUUUCCCAUAUCAUUUUACUGGUAAUUUAGGACUUUCGAUAACUUUCACACAUGUAGGGUAAAUAAGGCGGAGAUGGCGAUUUAUUUAGCUUCAAUACAUAAGAAACCAUGACAGAAUUUUUCUAGGCCUAUAAAAACAAACUGAAUAGAUAUAUAAUGGUGUAGAACUGUUUGGUGCAUACUAUUUUUUUUAUUGAAUUAAUGUUUCUGAAUGAAAGUGAAUAAAUAUCUUUGUCGUCCAGUACUUGUGUGAGGUGAAUAAUUUAGUCAGAAUGAAUAGAAUUGACUUUCUGCACUUCGUUAAUAUUUUUUUAAAAAUCUUUUUUAAUGUUUUUCAUUUUAGUUGUAGGCUUCCUGGUUUUGUGUUUUGGUCAAAUGAUAUGUAAGCAAAAACACAUUAUUUUGGGUGAGGGGAGAAUUCCCACUACGCUAGUCAGGUAUCUUAAUCUAUUCAGUGGCUUAUAAAUUGGUUGUUUUUUGCCUUUUGGUUUAAGCUAACCAUCAAGUUCGCUAACCAAAUGUAAGCCCAUGGUACAUUGCAGCCGUCCAUGAAUAUAAGCACUCAUAUGCAGAUAACAGUUACUGAUGAGUACCCAUCAAACUGUUGGUGUUCACAGAAAUGUCACUCACUGAGGUAUGUGUUUGUGUGUUUGUGAGAAAGAGAGAGCAAUCUCAAGUAGUGCAAAUACAAGAUAAAAUAAUUUCUUAAGAUGCUUAUUAACAUAUUUUUUUACUUAUAGAAAAUAUCAUUUAAUGGCAUGUACAGCUGUAAAAAAAUAAAACCAGACCAAGCAGGUGUGUACCUUAAAUGUGCUAUGCAGGCUAUAGUCCUGUAAUUGCUCACAAAGAGCAAAAAACUUUUGAUCAGUGUUCGUAAAUUUACCAAAAAAUAUAUUAUCAGCAUUUAUUGUAAGAUUGUGUGAAUGAUGAGAAAUGGAAGGUCCAUGUGUGCAUGCACUUUCAUGUUUGAAUGCACUAAUAUGUGCAUGCAUGUUGAUGUGCACUAUUUUAUUUCAUUUUCUUUUAAAUACAGAUUUGUAGUGUUAGCAUUCAGUGGUAUUUCACAUUCACUGGCUGUCAUUUGUAAUUCUGGAUUCUCAGACACGGCAAUAAGACAUGGCCUAAUAUGAUGAGUUUAUUUAAAUUAUGUGAUUUUUUGCCAAGACAUUCGAGCUUAAUUGUAAUGUAUAUCUUUGCUGUGUACUUAGCGUGGCAUGAUUUGUAUAUAGCUUCAUAUGUUUCUCCAAGGUCACAGAAAUAAUUAUACAAGCAUUAUUUGGGUAUAUGAAGCACUUCUGUGCUGAUUGCAAAGGAUCUAAUCAUACAUUUUAGACAUAUAUAUUGCUGUUGUGUCAUAGCACAGUUGCUUUUUAGCUUGUCUUAUCAUUCUCCAUCACUGCAGUGAAAAAAGCAAGCAGUCACAUGCUAAAACAUUAAAGAAAAACCAACUAAAAUUACAUUUUAAAAUGAUCAUAUAAACAUAAUCAUGAUUUAAACAACUCAUUAUCUGGGUACAUGGCAUUAGGACAGUUUCAAGGUAGAGCUAUGUGUAGUAACUACACCAACCCUUUUUCUACUGCAGAAUCUUUUGUAAAUUAUGUAUUCACUGCUUUUUUUUUUCUUGGAAGGUGUGGAGGGCAGGAUAAAAUAAAUGUUCUGUUCAGUUGUACUCCUGAGUGACACUUGGGAACUCUCAUUCUUUGUGCCAUAACUGUAUGCUGUGGGUUUGCAUUCUAUUCAGGUAAAGAUAAAGGUGCCUGCAUCUUGUGGAGGAGUCAGGAGAGAUGCAUGACCAAGAUUUUAUAACUAAAAAACAAAAACAAAGACUUCAAAAAGUAGACUUAAGUAAAUAGCAAGCUUGCUUAACCUUAUAAAAAAAUCAUAGGACGCCUUGAGAGAUGGAAACUGAUCUUCGCUUUUCUUUCCCCAUGAUUUGAAAUCUUGUCCGUUAUCGGAGGUAAAACUGAGAUUAGUGUCAUAACUGACCGGCAGGCCUACUCUUCUAGUAUUUGCUAUGUCAUGAUGAGAGAUUCUGAACAAAUAAGCCAUUCCCUUGCCAGCUGAACUCAGGUAAAGACCAAAGGGAAGCACGAAUGCAUUCCUUCCAGCAUUUGUAGAGAAAAAAAAAAGUUUUAUCGUAAGCGGAUUUUUCUCCCUAUGCAAAAAUCACGAUCAGGCGGCUAGUUCGAUUUUGAUCUCAACUGUUGUCUAAAGUCAUGUUCCAACAUGAUAAUCCACCAGGGAGAAUUUUUUUCUGGUAUGAUUAGGCAAACACUACAGGGGCAGCAACCAUCCCGACAGCCAAGGGAGGCAACUUAACAAACUGUCUCUAAUCACCUCCCUUGUGGGAGUUUCCCUACUUCAUGGCCUUGUUUGCCAGUCAGGGCUCGUUCUUGGCUUCAUUCUUGUCUGGUGCUCAUGUUUUUUCUUCCCCACCGUCCAUGUUAAGAGAUAUUUGACUUCCUGACGAGUUGUCAAAAAAAAAAAAAA